UCUCUCUCCCUCCCCAUGAAAUCUCUGUGCUAGACAGACCAAUAAUCAAUGGCGUCAAUGGCGAUACUAACAAGAUCACGAACGUUCCUCAAAUCCAUAAACCACGACUCAUUCAAAUCGAUAACAACCUUCGCAUUUCUCUCUCAGGAGCCCCAACUUGCCGAAGCACCACCAGCACCAGCACCGCCGUCUGCGGCGGCGACACCACUGCCUCCGAACCCGGCCUCAGGCAGUCCACUCUACAACGAGAACUGGCGGAAUCCAAUCGCGAGCUCGACUGGUCUGGCUCAGUCCCUUAUACCGCUAGGGUUCUUGAACCAGACGCAAUCGACUCGCAUCCAAGCCCUCUCGCAAACCCUAGAUGUUCCGUCGCUCUUGAAUGUGUUCGCGGAUUGGAUGACUUCGCAGCGGUGGGCUGAUAUGAAGCAGCUGUUCGAGUUCUGGAUCAGAUCGCUUGAUAAGAAUGGGAAGCCUAACAAGCCUGAUGUGAAUUUGUAUAAUCAAUAUCUUAGGGCUAAUGUUAUGAUGGGAGCUUCGGCUGGGGAGUUGUUGGAUCUGGUGGCCCAAAUGGAGGACUAUUCGAUUACGCCCAAUACUGCUUCGUUUAAUUUAGUGUUGAAGGCGAUGUAUCAGGCAAGAGAGACCGAGGCCGCCGAGAAGUUGCUUGAACGGAUGCUGCAGACUGGUAAAGAAUCUCUGCCUGAUGAUGAGUCAUAUGACUUGGUUAUUGGCAUGCUGUUAUUGACAGACCAGAUUGACGCUGCCCUAAAAUAUAUAGAUUUGACUUUAAAAUCUGGGUAUAUCCUAUCAGUGAAUGUGUUUACCGAAUGUGUGCGAAGCUGUGUUAACAAGGGGAGGCUGGAUACAUUGGUUUCGAUUAUUGAGAGGUGCAAGAAAAUGGAUCAGAACAAAGCCCUCUGUCCACCCUGGAACCUGUGCAACUAUAUUGCAGAUGUUGCAAUGGAAGAGGAUAGUAGUGAGUUAGCUUAUUAUGCCCUGGAAUUCAUGGCCAAAUGGAUUGCACGAGGUGAGAAUGCAAGGCCACCUGUUCUGCUCUCUGUAGAUGAAGGACUAGUCGUGUCUGCACUAGGAACUGCUGGCAGGACGUACAAUGCUAAACUCCUUGAUGGAUCAUGGGCAAUCCUUAAGCGUUCGUUGCGCCAAAAGAAGGUUCCAAACCCGGAAUCUUACCUCGCUAAGAUAUAUGCCCAUGCUUCCUUGGGGAAUCUACAGAAGGCCUUUAGUACUCUGCAUGAGUUUGAGACUGCUUGUGGAAAUUCUACUAAGGAAGCUGAAGAGGAUCUACUGUCUCCAUUUACCUCUUUGUAUCCACUGGUUAUGGCAUGCUCCAAGGAUGGCUUUGUGACUUUAGAUUCAGUCUACUAUCAACUGGAGAAUUUGAGCCAAGCUGAUCCUCCUUACAAAUCUGUUGCUGCACUAAAUUGUAUAAUUUUAGGUUGUGCAAAUACAUGGGAUGUUGAUCGGGCCUACCAGACUUUUGAAGCAAUUGGUGGCGCAUUUGGGUUGAUCCCCAACAUCCAUUCAUACAAUGCUCUGAUGUGUGCGUUUGUAAAGCUCAACAAGACAUCUGAAGCUUCGAGUGUGUUUGACCACUUAAUAAGUAAGGGCGUGAAACCAAACUCGACAACGUACUCUCUGCUUGUCAACGCUCACCUGAUUAAGCGAGACCAAAAAGCUGCUCUCUCUGUUAUCAAUGAGAUGGUAAAUUCAGGAUUUGAACCAUCAAGGGAAAUGCUGAAAAAGGUCAGAAGGCGAUGUAUACGAGAGAUGGACUACGAGAGUGAUGACCAGGUCGAGUCCCUGGCUAGAAAGUACAAAAUCGGAAUGGGUUUCGAGAAUCGCCGGGACUUGCUGUUUAAUCUCGAGUACAGCACUGCUUACACAUGAUAGUAGGUCUCAUUUGAAUGAUUCCAUCUUGAUGUAGAAGUUUAGAUGGUUCUGAUGAGGCCUUUUUGCUAGUCGUUGCAGCUCAGGUGACUUGCACUGGGGCAUCUCAGCACUGGCGAAAUCUGGUUUGCCAAUUUCUCUAAUUCUUUCUUCCUAUCUAGUCAUUUGGUGGACAUUCACCCCUGUUUGUAAAUUAUCAGACUGCCCAAUUUUGAGCACUGGCACGACGAACAUUAGGAUCGCAUGCCUCUUCUGUGGCCAAAUAGUUGUUUUUUUUAUCUUCUUUUUUGGGGUUCUUUAUCGUGAGGCAGUCAAAAUCGAAGCUAGAUUUUUGAAUGUCGUUAAAUAAUUGUUGGAUCAUCUAGAUAAUCGAAGAUGUUCACUGAGCUAUCACCAUUGUUAAUAUUAGUAUUGUUUUUGUUUGGGUGGAUGUUUUA